UGCAAACCCCUCCACCGCACCGUGUCACUAUGCAGCGGGUCUCGCAGCUCGCGCUCCUCCGCCUCCUGUCGCCGCCGUCCGCCGCCGCGGCCGCUCGCCGGGCUGCGCCGGUGACCGCGGAGGCUGUUUCCGGCGGAGGAUCAAUCCUACUGCCCCGUGGCGGUGGCGCCGGUGUGGCCGCGAGCAUUUGGAGUGGUGGCGGCCCUGGGAUUCGGUUGGCUCGGAGGCUCUGCACCUACGACGAGAGAGAUGACAGGGCGCUUGAGGAGGAAGCUGAGAAGAAAUUUGGAUGGAUAUUGAAGAUAUUUUUCCUAGGAACUGCUGGCCUUGUUGGCUACCAAUUCUUUCCAUAUAUGGGGGAUAACCUACUUCAGCAAUCUAUUUCACUUUUGCGUGUCAAGGAUCCCUUGUUCAAGCGGAUGGGAGCUUCCCGGUUAACACGUUUUGCAGUGGAUGACCAAAGAAGAAUGAAGGUGGUUGAGAUGGGGGGAGCUCAGGAACUUCUUAAUGUAUUGGAAGGUGCUAAAGAUGAUAAAACACGUAAAGAAGCUCUAAAAACUCUUGUUGCACUUUCAAAAUCUGAAGAAGCUGCAGGAUUUUUGGACAAGGCAGGUGCCUAUGCAAUAGUCAGCUCCACUCCCAACUCCCCAGAAUACGCUGAGAUCGAGACUUACAAGACUAGUCUUCUGACGGCCAUAGAUAAACUGAAGUCAUGACGUACGAAUGGCAAUGGAUAUAAGAGUUGAUGCAGCGAUACAUUUAUUCCAUACUUUGCCGAGGCGGAAAAUGCCCAAUAUUUUGAAUGGACAGAAUUCAUACUGGCGGUCUUUUGGUGACCAUACAUCGGCUUAUUCUUUGCUGGAAAUGCAUGUCUUGUACAUUUGUUGUGAACAGGCAGCACUUUCACUAUGCCUUUUCUGUGGGCCAAUAACAAGAGCUUUAUUUGGUUAAAGCAGGGUUUACAGUCCAAACUGGCAGCACGUGGACAGUGUCGGGUGCUCUUUUGUUGUAUGAUGCGCACUGAAUUGGUCUUUUAUUCGAGGAACACAUUGGUCCAGAUUAACAAUACCAGUGAA